AGACCAGGGGGUGAGGCGUCAUCACUCGGGCCUAUAAAAGCUGCCACAAGAGACCAAGGCCACAUGCACUCCGCCGAGGCCAGCCUCCGUGUCUGCUCCGACUCCUCCUGCUGGCUCUGGGCUCCAUGGCGCUCUGGGUGACUUUGGUCAUUGCUCUUACCUGCUUCAGCGGUCUCGCCUCCCCAGUCCCUAUGCCACCCUCCUUCAUAGCCCUCAGGGAGCUCAUUGAGGAGCUGGCCAACAUCACCCAGGACUCCCUCUGCAACGGCAGCAUGGUGUGGCAUGUCAACCUGACAGCUGGCUCGUACUGCCCUGCCCUGGACUCGCUGAUGAACGUCACAGACUGCCGUGCCAUCCAGAAGACCCAGAGGCUGCUGAGCAAAUUCUGUCCUCACAAGCCCUCAGCCGGGCAGGGCCCCAAGCCGCCCAUCCGAGACACCAAAGUCGAAGUGACCCAGUUUGCCAAAGACCUGCUCCGACACCUGAGGAAAAUGGUGCGCCACAGUGUGUCCAGCUGAAGGUGCGGAGCACGAAACGCUGGCGUCGCCGGCGGCCGAGGCCGGC